CUUAGGGGCUCAGCGAUGCCCUCGCCACCAGCCUGCGGCUCCCACGCAUCGCCCAUGUCCCCCCCCCUCGCCCCAUCCCACGCUGCCCCCCCCCACGCCACCGCUCAACCUCUGACAUUGCUUCUACAGGGCACGCUUUUGAGAAAACAUGGCAAGGGGACAGAGAAGGGCACGCAGAUGAUCUUCAACGCGGCCAAGGAGCUGGGGCAGCUCUCCAAGCUGAAGGACCACAUGGUGCGGGAGGAAGCCAAGAGCCUGACCCCGAAGCAGUGCGCCGUGGUGGAGCUGGCCCUGGACACCAUCAAGCAAUACUUCCACGCCGGCGGCGUGGGGCUGAAGAAGACCUUCCUGGAGAAGAGCCCCGACCUGCAGUCGCUGCGCUACGCCCUGUCCCUCUACACCCAAGCCACCGACCUCCUGAUCAAAACCUUUGUGCAGACCCAGGCUUCGCAGGGUAGGCUCCCCCCCCCCCCCACCCCCUGGCCUGCUUCUCCCCCUCCCACCCCUCCCAGGGCCGUAUCCUGCCCCUGUCCUGGUGUUACCGGGGUCCCGGAGGCUGCGGACGUGAGGCUGGGGUGGGUUUGAUGAGUUUUGUGAACA